GAAUCAGAAGGCAGCACGGGGAUGGUCCCCUGUGGGAGGACGGCCGGGCCUCCGUGGGGUUAACCAGACCCGUCAGGAAGUGCACGGCUUUCCUCCGGCUCCACCCUCCCUCGGUCCGGCAGCCGGCAGCUCCUACUGCGCAUUGAAUCGGGCGGCCCAGGCUGACCCCCAGGAGGACCCCGAGCCGCCUGCCCAACUGCGCCAUGUCCGACUACGAGAACGAGGACGAGUGCUGGAGCGCCCUGGAGGGCUUCCGGGUGAAGCUCAUCUCCAUCAUCGACCCCGCCCGCAUCACGCCCUACCUGCGCCAGUGCAAGGUCCUGAACCCCGACGACGAGGAGCAGGUGCUCAGUGACCCCAGCCUGGUCAUCCGCAAGCGGAAAGUGGGUGUGCUCCUGGACAUCCUGCAGCGGACUGGCCACAAGGGCUACGUGGCGUUCCUAGAGAGCCUGGAGCUCUACUACCCGCAGCUGUACAGGAAGGUCACGGGCAAAGAGCCCACCCGCGUCUUCUCCAUGAUCAUCGACGCCUCCGGGGAGUCAGGCCUGAUGCAGCUGCUGAUGAGCGAGGUGAUGAAGCUGCAGAAGAAGGUGCAGGACCUGACGGCACUGCUGGGCUCCAAGGACGACCUCAUCAAGGAGCUGAGGGUGAAGGACAGCCUGCUGCGCAAGCACCAGGAGCGUGUGCAGAGGCUCAAGGAGGCCUGCGAGGUGGGCGGCCGCGAGCUCCAGCGCUGCAAGGACGAGAACUACGACCUGGCCCUGCGCCUGGCCCGCCAGAGCGAGGAGCGGGGCGCCGCGCUCAUGCGCAACCGCGACCUGCAGCUGGAGGUCGACCGGCUCAAGCACAGCCUCAUGAAGGCAGAGGACGACUGCUCGGUGGAGCGCAAGCACACGCUGAAGCUCAGGCGCGCCAUGGAGCAGCGCCCCAGCCAGGAGCUGCUGUGGGAGCUGCAGCAGGAGAAGGCGCUGCUGCAGGCGCGGGUGCGGGGGCUGGAGGCCUCCGUCCAGGAGGGGAAGCCGGACCGGAGCAGCCCCUACGUCCAGGUGCUGGAGGAGGACUGGCGACAGGCGCAGAGGGGCCUCCAGGAGCAGACCGCCGCCAUCUUCUCCCUGCGCAAGGACCUGCGCCAGGCCGAGGCCCUGCGCGCCCGGUGCACGGAGGAGAAGGAGAUGUUUGAGCUGCAGUGCCUGGCCCUGCGGAAGGACUCCAAGAUGUACAAGGAGCGCAUCGAGGCCAUCCUGCAGCAGAUGGGAGAGGUCGCCGUCGAGCGGGACCAGGCCAUCGCAACGCGCGAGGAGCUGCAUGCCCGGCACGCCCGCAGCCUGCAGGACAAGGACGCGCUGCGGAAGCGGGUCCGCGAGCUGAGCGAGAAGGUGGACGAGCUGCAGCUGCAGCUGUUCCAGCGCGAGGGCCAGCUGCUGGCGGUUGAGGGCCGCCUCCGGUGGCAGCAGCUGGAGACGUCCGUCCUGAGCUCCGACCUAGAGGAUGGCUCACCGAGGAACUCCCAGGAGCUCUCGCUCCCCCAGGACCUAGAGGAGGAUGCCCAGCUCUCAGACAAAGGCGGCCCGGCCAUCGGGGAGAGCCCUGAGCAGCCCUCUGUGGCUCUGCAGAAGGAGCGGCUUUCACUGACCCCCGAGGACGCAGGCUUGAGCGGCGGGGAGCCCCCCGAGAAGGAGAAGGGGCGGCGGCGUCUCAAGGAGAGUUUCGAGAACUACCGCAGGAAGCGGGCCCUCAGGAAGAUGCAGCACGGCGCGAGGCAGGGGGAGGUGGACUGGGAGAAUACCACGGGCAGCGACAACACCGACACCGAGGGCUCCUAGCCGGCCCCUCCGUCCAGCCGCUCGUCGUGGGAGG